CGAAAAUGGCGGAGGUGACAACACGAAAAACAAUUCCUUUGGUUAAUAAUAUCAUACCUGAAAGUUCUUUAAACACGUUAAAUUCGAAGGAAACAAGUAGCACAGUAACUGUGGAAGGAACUUUGAAACUGCUCACUGAUCGUCACUCGGAAAAGCUAGUUGAUCGCCAUAUUCGUUCCAUCAAGAGGUUAAUACAACAAUUUAAAAAAGGAUUUCUACUAAAAGAUAUUUGGGCAGUUGGUCAUUUAAUUGCAACAUGUGCAAUGAGAGUGGAAAAUGAUUUAGCUUAUGAGAAACCAUUAUGUGAUAUUUUGAAAGUUUGCAGAAAUCCACUUUUAAAAGAAAGGACCUCAGAUGAAUCAAAUUUUUCCAGUACUGUCACUGAGUUCAUUACAGAACUAGGAAAUUUAAUGUACCUGGAAAAUGCUGCCAUCCAGGUUCAAGUUGCAAGGUCUUUAACAAAAUUCUAUUCUUCAAAAGAAAGCCAAACUAUUUAUAUUGGAGUGGAGCCUACCAGUCCGCACUUUAAUAAGUCUGUUGUUGAAAAAAGCACUGUCGUCCAAGCGAUUGUAAAGUGCUUAGAGAGAUGUCGCAGCUUUGAUGUUAAAAUGGAACUAAUGACAGCGCUUCAAUAUUUUUCCCAUUCAGCCAUAAAUUGUGAUGAUAUGCUGGCUGCCGGAGCUGCUCGUAUUGUUUGCAGUGGUUUAGCUGAUUCAAACCAAGCUACAGGAAGGGGAAUGUUUUUGUCCGUCGAUAUUCUCUGGAAUAUGCUCAAUAAUGGAACAAAAGAAAAUAUUGCAGAACAAUUGGAUUGUCAUGAUUGCAUCAGAGCUCUCAACAAUGCAUUCAAGUUCCUGGUAACGAAAGGGUAUAGUCAAGCUGAUAAACAGUUAAGAAAUGAUAUUUUAGUCAUAACAAUAUUGAUUGCACCAUGCCGGCCAACUGCACCAUUUGUGGAAACUGGAUUCACUGAUCUUGUGGUAUUAUGCGCCACGUUAACAGAAGUGAAGUCACGUCAUCAUCUUGCGCAACAUAUAAAAUUUGAACAAAUUCAUGAAGAUUUCGAAUUUAAGAAGUUGUUAAUAAGUGCGAUGGUGGCCAUGUCAAAAGAUCCCACCGCAGUUCAGUUGAUGUCAUCGGGUCGUCUCCUUUUGUCUUUGUUCACUUACGUGAAAGCAAACGAUACAUUGUUGCCAGAUCUCUGGACUCCAUCUCAAUUUGAAGAACUUCAAUUGCAAUCAUUAUCAGCAAUGUGUACCAUCGCCCCAUUGUGUAUUAAUGAUUAUAUGACAUGUCAGGGGAACAACAGAUUGCUGCUGUUGCUGGACUGGUGUGUUGGUCAGGGUGAUUAUGGUGGCCAUGGCAACAGUUAUCACGCAGAUGGUGGUCGUGGCAACAAGAGAGCGCAAAUGAGACAUUGUCUGCGAUUAUUAAGAAGGAUGUGUUCGACCGAAGACGAGGCGGUACUUCAAGAUUUAUGUGAUCAAGGAGCAAUAAGUCAAAUUACUGGUAUUUUAUGGAACGCCAGCACCAGUCAUGACGAGAAUGAUAUCAUUGACAUUGAAAUGCAAUGUGAUAUGUUGUUGAUCGUUUCAUGUUUAUGUGAAGGUGAUUCACAUAGAAAGGAACUGUUUGCUUCAGGUGGUGUUGGUGUUGUAAUUGAAUACUUGAAGAAAGAUCCAGCUAAAGUUCACAGUCCAUUAGGAGAUCACGCGUUGUUUCUUGCUGCUGUUGAUUGUAUCUGGUCAUCAGUUCUGGGUUGUUACAUUUCAGAACAGCAAUUUUUGGAAGAAGAAGGGAUAUUUCUCUUAUUAGAUCUCUUGGAGGGCAGUCCACCGACAAUCCAAGGAGUUGUGCUAGGGUGCCUUGUGGAUCUCUGCGAAAAUCCGAAAGCACUAUCGCAUGUCUACUCUUGGCGGGGCAAGUCUAAUAUAACAGUUGGUAAACUGCUCAUUAAUCUGUGGCGGAAAGAUGAAAUGUCACUAGGUGUAGAAAGAACUUCACAGUGGCUUAUAAAAGAUAUGCAUAAACCAUUAAUGGGAAAGGUUCAAAUGGACAGUGCGAGUUGUGUUCCACUGCCUGCUGAUGUCGCUUCACCAGCUGUGGUAGAAGUGUCUGAAAAUAUUCGUGCAAAAAUAUACACAAUUUUUUCUAAGCUCGGUUUUAACGACAUUGCUGGGUUGUCAACAAUGGACUACGUGACAUUAUCCGUUAUUGAAAACUUUCUGGAAUUCAAAAUGUUUGAAGUCUGGCAAGAAGUUUCAGUUGAAUUAGCACGUGAAAAUGUCCGGCCCGUUUCACCUGAUCUUGAUUGUCUGACUGAGAUAGAGAGAAUGUUUGAGGAAAGAACGGCGAGUAUUGUUUCAUCUCAAAGAGAACUCAUUCAGAACCAGACACAGCAAGAUCUUACAGAGGAGCAAGCAUGUUAUGCCAAGAUUAUUGAAAAUCACAAACAGCGAGAGAAAGCUUUCGACGACUUUUAUGAUUACGUGAACAGAACAUCUGAUUACAGCGUUCUUAAGGCAAGUAAAGAGAAACAACUGACAGACAUUGAAUCAUCUCGUCUUUAUACUACGACUGAGGAAGAAGAGGACGAAGUCCUAACAACGCUUCAAUCUAAUAUCACGACAACAACGUUUUGUGGUCGUUUGGUGGAUAUCACGAGCGAUAUAUCUACUGGCAAAAGUUCUGAGUUACAGUCACAGCUUUUGAAAAGUAAAGAAACUUUAAAGUGAAAGAUGCAUGUGAUGGGCCUGCAGAUGUAUGUGUUGAUAAAACAAAUGAGCCAGUCUGACUGUGAGCUCAGCGGUUGAUAUAUGCACGCAUUCGUGCAAAUAUAUUUCUUGCAAUUUCCUUGUUGCUAUGAAAUAAUCACUCCUAUGACACAUUUUUUUCAUACUUCUAAGAAAUGAAAAGGAAGAUUUUUUGGCGUUUAUAUGUUCAUUUUCAUGGCAUGUAUAUAGUUGUAUAUAUAUUUAUAUAUGAAUAAGCUUGUUGUAAAUGCAUUGAAUGUAAAAUAUUUUGGGCUUAUUUCUUGGGUUUCUUGGGAGAAAGGUUAUUCAGUGCAAGAGAGAGAAGUGAUUAUAAUUAUUGGUGACGAACUGACAUUUGCAACUGCUGAAAAAUGCCUGGUGUAUAUAGCUACUGCAUGACAUUAAUUAACCAAACCGACCAAUUAAAUCCUCCCCGUUUACUAUUAUCAAGCU